AUGGAGACACGCAACCUCACGGUGCUGAAAGAAUUCAUCCUGAUGGGCAUCACGGAUCGUCCUGAGCUGCAGGCUCCACUGUUCAUUUUGUUCCUCCUCAUCUAUGUGGUCUCUGUGGUGGGCAACUUGGGCAUUGUCGUCCUCACCACGGUGGACUCCAGGCUGCAGACCCCAAUGUACUUUCUCCUCAGACACCUGGCUCUCACUGAUCUUGGUUAUUCCACAACUGUGGGACCCAAAAUGUUAGCAAAUUUUGUUGUAGAUCAAAACACAAUCUCCUAUUAUUGCUGUGCCACACAGUUGGCCUUCUUUCUUGUGUUCAUUGCUUGUGAAUUAUUUAUUCUGUCAGCGAUGUCCUAUGACCGCUACGUGGCCAUCUGUAACCCAUUGCUCUACACUGUCAUCAUGUCACAGAGAGUGUGUCAUAUGCUGGUGGCAAUUCCCUAUCUCUACUGCACGUCUGUGUCUCUUCUCAUCACCAUAAAGAUUUUCACUUUAUCCUUCUGUGGCUACAAUGUCAUCAGUCAUUUCUACUGUGACAGCCUUCCCUUGUUAUCUUUGCUCUGCUCAGAUACACAUGAAAUUGAAGUGAUAAUGUUGUUCUUAGCAGCCUUUAAUUUACUUUCUUCUCUUCUGAUUGUCCUUGUGUCCUACCUGCUCAUUCUCAUCGCCAUUCUCAAGAUGAAUUCAGCUGAAGGCAGGCACAAAGCUUUCUCUACCUGUGGGUCCCAUCUGACCGUGGUUGUAGUCUUCUAUGGGACGUUGAUAUUUAUGUAUGUGCAGCCCAAGUCCAGUCACUCUUUUGACACUGAUAAAAUAGCUUCCAUCUUUUACACUCUGGUCAUUCCCAUGUUGAAUCCUUUAAUCUAUAGUCUGAGGAACACAGACGUCAAAUCUGCCCUGCAAAGAACCUGUACAGAGGGGUUAAAA